AUGUACGCCGCAUGGAAGACCAACCCCGCCAACGUUCAUGUUUCGUGGCACACAUACUUCCGCAAAAUGGAAGACCCCUCUGUACACUCGACACGAGCGUUCCAACCACCGCCAGGCCUACUGCCAGAGCGACACACACCAGCGCUGACACACACUGCCACGGCCGCGUCAAGUGACGGUGUAAACUACCUCAAGGCACAGAAUAUAGUUCGAGCGUUCCAGCAGCACGGUCACACCGCCGCCAAGAUCAAUCCCUUGGGCGACCUUGGUAACGCGACGGUGAAGCCGCAUGCUGAUAUCCCCAGCGCGUCGAACUUAAGCAAGUACGGAUUCUCUGCCGCGGACUUGGAUCGAGAGAUCCCCCUAGGCCCGGAACUUCUACCUCACCUUGCCCAGAGUCAUGAGAGUAUGAAGCUGCGCGACAUCAUCGCGGCUUGCGAGGACAUCUACUGUGGCCCUUUGGGCAUCGAGUACCAUCACAUCUCCGACGCCGCCAAACGCGAUUGGAUCCGCGACCGCAUCGAAGCCUACAAUAACUCCGUUACAUCCUCGGAGGAGAAGAAGCGCAUCCUCGACACCCUGAUUUGGGCGACCAGUCUCGAGCGUUUUCUUGCGGCAAAGUUCCCCAACGAAAAGCGCUUCGGUCUCGACGGUGCUGAGGGGCUGGCCCCUGGGCUGGCCGCUCUCAUUGAUCGCUGUUCAGAGGUCCACGGCGUACGGGAUAUCGUCAUGGGAAGCUGCCACCGAGGCAGGAUGAACCUCAUGAGCACCGUCUACGGCAAGGACUUUGAGACGCUGUUCCGCCAGUUUGCGGGCACCGAUAAGUUCGACACCGAGGGUGGUCAGACGGGAGACGUCAAGUACCAUUUCGGCAUGGACGGGCAGAGGACGACGGCAGGGGGCAAGACGAUCGGCAUUUCCAUGCUUCCCAACCCGUCCCAUCUUGAGGCUGUGGACCCGGUCGCCCAGGGCAAGGCCAAGGCUGUGCAGCACAUCAACAAUGACGUCGACCAGUCCAAGGUCAUGUUCAUGGCCCUUCAUGGUGACGCCGCAUUCUCCGGCCAGGGCCCCGUGUACGAGACGCUCAAUCUCUCGGGCCUCAAGGGCUACGAGGUCGGCGGUACCGUCAGGAUCAUGGUCAAUAACCAAAUCGGCUUCACCACCGACUCACCCGACUCCCGAUCGACACCCUACUGCACAGACCUGGCAAAGUACAUCGAGGCGCCCAUCAUUCAUGUCAACGCCGACGAUCCGGAGGCUGUUGUGUACGCCAGUAAGCUCGCGGCGGACUGGCGCGCCGAGUUCCGGUCCGACAUAGUCGUGGACGUGAACUGCUACCGCCGCUUUGGACACAACGAGAUCGACCAGGCGAGCUUCACGCAGCCUGAGAUGUACAAGAAGAUUGCGGAGAAGAAGGCCCUGCUGGAAUCCUACAUCGAGAAGCUGGUUGGUGAGGGCACCAUGUCUGCCGAGGUUGUUGAGCAGCAAAAGGCGUGGGUUUGGGAACAGCUCGAAGAGAAGCUGGCCAGGAGCAAACAGCCCGCGGAACAGAGUGAAGAUACAGCGCCACAUAACACUAUCGAACCAACGACGUCAACAUCCGUUGAAGAGUCUACUCUCGCAACGGCGGCGCAGGCAAUCACUAGCGUCCCGGAGGGCUUCAACCUCCACCGCAACCUCCAACGUAUCCUUGCCGCCAAGAAGCAGGCCUUCGAUGCCGGCGUCCUCGACUGGUCUACUGCCGAAGCGCUUGCCUUCGGCUCCCUGGUCAUGGAGGGCAAACCUGUUCGCAUCAGUGGCCAGGACGUUGAGCGCGGCACCUUCUCCCAGCGCCACUCGGUCUUUCACGACCAGGACACUCACGCCGAAUACACGCCCUUGAACCACCUGCAGGAUUCGCAGGCGGCAUAUACUGCCGUCAACUCCCCUCUCAGCGAGUUCGGCGUGCUGGGUUUCGAUUACGGAUACUCGCUUGCUGCGAAGGACGCAUUGGUGAUGUGGGAAGCGCAGUUUGGAGAUUUUGUGAACAAUGCGCAGGUCAUCAUUGACCAGUUUAUUACAUCCGGCGAGGCAAAGUGGCUUCUCAAGUCCGCGCUUGUCAUGUCCUUGCCGCAUGGGUACGAUGGACAGGGCCCAGAGCACUCAUCUGCGAGGUUGGGACGGUUCUUGGAGCUAGGGAGCGAAGACCCAAGAAGCUGGCCUGCUGACCUAGAUGCGGCGAAGAGGGAGUGUAACGUGCGCGUUGUCUGUAUGACGACACCGGCGAACCUGUUCCACGCUUUGAGGAGACAGGUUUACUCGCCGGAGAAGAAGCCCCUCAUCAUCUUCUUCUCUAAGUCCCUUCUCCGUCAUCCUCUCGCUCGCUCCUCGGUUCAAGACCUAACUGGUACCUCAACCUUCCAGCCCGUCCUCGCCGAUCCGGAACACGGCGCCUCCAUUCUCCCCAGAGACGAGAUCAAGCGCGUGAUCCUUUGCAGCGGACAGGUUUACGCCGCGCUGCACAAGCACCGCGAGGCCAAAGGUAUUAGAGACGUCGCCAUCACGCGCAUUGAGGAGCUACAUCCGUUCCCCUGGGCAGAAGUCAAGGAGAACCUCGAGUUGUACCCCGGCGCUCAGACGGUUGUAUGGGCGCAGGAAGAGCCGUACAACGGCGGCGCGUGGCAGUACAUGCGCGAUCGGCUGGAAACGGUGGCCAGAGAAUCGGCAGUGUUGGGAGGUAAGAGGAUCGUGUAUGCCGGACGUGGGACGGGGGCUGCGGCUGCGACGGGGUCGAAGAAACUUCACCAGCAAGAGGAGCAGAAGCUGCUCGAAGACGCAUUCGGUAUUUGA